AUGGAAGAUAUCGAUGACUUUGCAAUGGCGUUCCCAGAUGUUUUGGGCAACUUUCAACAUCAUUCGCGCUCAUAUUACAUCGUUUGUGCAGCAGUCACAGUCUUCGUUGAUUUCAUAGUCGUCUUCCUAUUGGCUGCUCGAAAAUUUCCACGAAAUGGGCUGAAAUCCAACCAUGUAAUGUUGCUCAAUCUGGUGUUAUGUGAUAUCCUGUACGAAGCCGCAACGACAACCUUAUUUUUGCAGUCAAAUUCUUGCGAAGUUGUUGAAAAUUGCAAGAUGUUGUAUUUCAUCUACCUCGCUUUGAAUCUCUGCACAGUUUUUCUCAUUAUGGUGGAAAUUAUGCAAAAAACCAUGUUGGAUUUCGGGCGGGUUUCACACGAUGCUUCAUUCACUACACGUGUGUAUUGGAGCGUCGUUUCCUGGGUUGGCGCGUUUGCACUUGCUUACGUUGAUUUACAAAAUGAAAGCGGAUUAAUGAACGCGAGUGCGAUGGCUUUUCUUGGCCGAUUUAAAGGAUUUGGUUACUUGCUAUUUGCGGUCAUACUCUGUUCUGGAAUUUUGGUUAUAUUGCUAACUGUUGCUAUUGCGAAACCGCACCUCAAAAUAUCUGCGUUCGAAAACUCACACGCCUCCGAAACGAGUCGACGAGAAAUCGGUUUUGCCGUCAAUCGCGGCCAAGACGACCUCAUAUUCUCGUGUAUUUUUAUGGCAAUUUUCGUUGGGUGGUGUGCGUGGGUGGUACUUGGGGUUGACAGUAGGAUAAUGAAGACAGUCGAGGUUAUGAAGAGUUUCGAAGCGAUCAGGCUUGCUGGACGCAUUUUAAAUCCGCUGACAAUAUUGUACUCGUUUUCGCAUAGAAAUGAACAGUUCGUCCUACGCGAUACAUAA